AUGUGGUCUACUUUUCUGGUGGCCGAUGAGGAGGGCCGCACGGUGAGUCCUGCAGCUGCAGGAACCGUGGGAGGAGCUGCACCAAUGGGGGCGUCUCAGGGUCCGGUCGGUCUGACAAGCCUGAUGUCAGGACGCAGUACCUUUGGAGGGAACAAGCGGCGCAGGACGACAUCAACAGGACACGCCAUGAGUGAGGCGCAGGAGGGGAAGAUCAAGCUGGCGUUCUUUGUUGCCAUCGUUGGCGUGGUCCUGACGGUCCUCGGGGUCGGGACGGAGUUCUGGGUGGAGCUUUCACCCCCGAAGAGUUUCUAUAACAACCAGACGUGUCUGACAGCACACUACGGCCUGUGGAAAGGCUGCACCAAGACCUUGUGGGUGGCUGAUAUCGACCCCGAGAGAGAGAGCUGUGGACCUGCUGAACUACCCGGAGAAUCAAACUGCACCUACUUCAAGUUUUUCACCACAGGGGAAAACACUGUGCUGUUCCAGAAGACAACGAAAAAGAAUCUGAAUGUAGCGGCAGCCAUGUUGACCUUGUUCAGCCUGUUCCUCAUGGUGAUGGGGGCCACCUGUAUCACCAUGUCCCUCAGUAAGGAGAUCAUGUUCUUCCUCAAGCCGGCCUCAUUCUGCUUCAUCCUGUCAGGUGUCAUGGUGCUGCUCUCUCUGAUGGUUUUCCACCAGUCCGUCCUGGCUUUCCUGGCCAGCGACCACACGGUCCCUCUCCACCACGAGCUCUCCUGGUCGGUUACCUGUAUCGGGUGUGCGGGGGCGGUCCUCAUCGUGGGCGGGAUCCUCUUCCUGCUGCUGGCUCUGCCCUUCAGCCCCUGGCAGAGGUGUCUCCCUCAGAAGGACGGCAGCAGCUAGUGGCCCGGAGGUGGUGUUGCACUUUUUCUGCCCUUUUCUGUUUGUGAGGAGGGAGGGUGCAGAGGGGCGAGGAGGUUUCCCAAAGAUGUCUAAGCAUUUAAACAACUUUUUCUGAAUUAGAGAAAUACCAAGGAGCCUUUCAGUAAUGGCUUCAAAAAGUUAGAAUGAAUGGAUGCUGGUUUAGCUUGAUGGUUAAAUCCUGCCCCCCUAGUUCCUGGUUUGUGUUCAUAUCAAAUCCUCUGCCCCUUUCUGCAUGUUAUCCCCCAACCUCUCUCCCCUGUUUCCCUUGUAUCAUCUUAAUUAAGACAUAAAAGCCCCCUGAAAGGUCUUACAGAAAGAUUGAAUCCUGUGAGCCUGUCAUUUGCAAAAUUAAGCACUUUUAAUUGAGCCCAUUUGACCUGAAAGAGUACAAAGGAGCCACAAUGAUAUGCACCCCCAAAAUAUGUUAAGAUAUGACCCAGGUGUGAAAACACUUCAACUCUCUU